AUGGAGUUCCAAUACUCUUAUGAGAUUGAUCCACAGUUCUAUGAGACAGACGGUCUCGACCUGGGCCUUCCCCUUCGUAUGCAUCUCGACCCAUAUAAGGAAAUCAACGGUGCUCUACGUGCCCAAGACGACUGGAGCAAGAACGUACGCCCGGUGUAUAGCUAUAAGGGCGGACUUGGUUACCCAUUUAGCUUUAUUCGAGUGACUGUUCCAGAGUGCCUCCCUGAGAGACUGGAGAUCAUAUCGUAUGCUAACGAGUUUGCUUUCCUCUAUGACGACGCCAUGGAGAAGCUUGACCUUAAAGGGUAUAAAGAUGGACAGCAUCACGAUAUGCUUGAUGCCUUUGGUGAUGAAAAGGCACUAGAUCAAGAAGCCACAUCUCAUGAUGGCCAAGAGAAGAAACUUCAGGCCCAGAUUUUGGCCAACAUGGUUGCCAUUGAUCCCCCACGCGCUAUCACGUCUAUGAAGGCAUGGUCUAAAUUCGUGCAACUUGCUUCUCGAACGAGAACACGGCCGUUUGACACACUGAAAGAAUACAUUCCCAGUCGAGUCAUCGACGCUGGAGAGCUGAUCUGGUUCGGGACAUUGACCUUUGGAAUGGCCCUUACCAUCCCAGACGACGAGCUAGAGCUUUGUAUGGAGUUGGCUAGGCCGGGAUACGCUGCUCUUGGCCUCACUAAUGACCUCUAUUCCUGGAGAAAGGAGCGUGAUGAAGCAGCAGCAGACGGCCUAGACUACGUUUUCAACGCAGUCUGGGUCAUUAUGCAGGAGCGAUCUCUCAGUGAAGAAGACGCAAUGAUUGCAUGUGCAGAGGAAAUAAAAAAGCAGGUGGCCGAAUUCAACAUCAUUGUCGAAAAGGCGAAGCAGGACUCCAACCUUUCCAAAGAUACUCGAGCAUACCUAGAAGCAGUGAGAUACAGCCAUGUCGGGAACCUCGUCUGGAGCAUCUACUGCCCACGUUAUCAUGACUACUGA